AUGUCUUUGCAAAAGAGCGUGAAGAGUGUAGGUGGUGAGCAAGAUACCACAUCAAUAUGUUCUUCAGUCACUACUCAACCAGAUAGACAUGGUUUCUUCGGAGGUGCACAAUAUAGCCCUGAACCAAAGAGAACUGUUUCGCCCAGCACGAUCUUGAAAAGAGAGCAGAAAUGGCUGCGCAUGCUCAACAACUGGGAGGCGUUUAUGAGCAAGAACUACAAGAAGGUGCGAGAGAGGUGUCGAAAAGGUAUACCAGCAUCAGUUCGUCCAAAAGCCUGGCUCUACUUAUGCGGAGGACAGUUACUCCUGGACAAGCAUCCCAACGAAUAUGAGGAAUUACUCCAAGCGCCCGGGGACCCUAAAUGUAUGGAGGAUAUCAGAAAGGAUCUACAUCGACAGUUUCCGUACCAUGAGAUGUUUAUACGUGAAGAGGGCCACGGCCAACAAGAGUUAUUCUCGGUACUGAAAGCAUAUUCAGUAUUAAAUCCGAAGGUCGGGUACUUCCAAGCUCAGGCCCCUGUCGCCGCGUUUCUCCUUAUGCAUAUGCCGUCCGUGCAGGCCUUUUGGUGUCUCGUCAGCAUCAGUGACAAGUACCUCAGCGGCUACUAUAACCCUGGCCUGGAGGUUCUCCAACGCGACGGAGACAUCCUCCACGCCCUGCUCCGUCGCACCGCGCCAGCCGUGCACCGCCAUCUAGUGAAGCACCGCGUAGAGCCGGUUCUUUACGCCACCGAGUGGUUCCUUUGCGCACUCACGCGCACCUUACCCUGGGAUAGUUUGCUGCGCGUCUGGGACUGCUUUCUGUGUGAAGGCGUCAAGGUGCUAUUUAAAGCGUCGCUAGUGGUCCUAGCGGGCGCCCUAGGCACAGCUAAGGUGCGCAAGAGGGCAAACGGACUCUGCGAGACGCUGGAGGUGCUCCGCCAUCCUCCGGACAGCGUGCUGGGCGAGGAGUACCUCAUGUACCACAUGCAGCGACUCAAUCUCACCGAGGAGGACUUUGAGUUCGAACACCAACGACAGACGGCUAGGCGCAGGGCCAUGGCCAAUAGGAGUGGCAGCUGA